CACAUCACUAAGUUUCCACAAUGUUGGGGAGUCAGAGGCGAGGGAUAGGAUCGAGUGGCGGGGGUUCCUCAGCUCCCAUGGGCCCAUACCUGCCUGUGCUGCCCGGCUCCAGUGGCACCACCAGCAGCAUCACGCGCCACACCCUGCAGCAGCUCCUCGUCACCACAGAGAUACUGGUGACGCCGCAGGCAAGGCGGCGAGGGCGGGGCCGUGGGAGAUUUGGGGCAGGACCGAAGACUCCCUCAUCGGCUGGACUCUCCCGCCUCACCGCAGCCUCCACCCAGGGCGGCAGUAUGAGAGGUGGUCAGGGCAGCAGUGGCCGAACGUCUCUCGCUUUACAGCAUUCCAUGAGACCACUUACCAGGCAGAAGAAGUACGGCGCCGUCCCUGCUCCCCCUGGUGACGGCAGCAGCCACUGGGACCACAGCCAACUCCUGCAGAGGCGCCGCAGCAGAAUCCAUCUCGCCCAUCACUUCCACAGACAGAGACGGGCUGAGUUUGCAAGGGCGGUCCUGAAGCACUGCCGUCAGCUGAGGGCGACCCAUGACCCCCGCCCGCCUGACAUGACCUCCGCGCUCUCCCACCGCUUCCCGCCCGCCCUCGCUGCCAAAUACGACCGCAUCCUCCAGCAGCUACUACAGGAAUUGAGAGAGUGCGAGGUGGAUCCCGUGCACCUUCCUCCCCUGGGAACUUAUGAGAGGUACGAAGUAGAGGGCGUGCCGCGGGUGGCGUGGGUGAGUCGGGAGCGGCGUGCCCUUAGCCGCGCCAUGGCCAGCUUCCCUCCUGCCGUCAGGACAGUCAUGGCUCAAGUCUUGCGGCCUCUUGAUUCCCUCUCUCUUGUCGAUGUUCAAGAUGGGGGCAGCGUUGGGGGCGUGGGCGAGGGCGUGGAGCUGGCUGUGCUGAUCACUAGGUGGAGGGCGGCGGCCAGGGCGGGACGGACACAUCUUCGCAAUAAUUGGUUCCCCACUUCCUUGGCUGCCAUUAGAGAGGCCACGCUUGCCACCAAUCUGUCCCCUGCACGCCGCCUCACCGUCAUGCACGCCUUCAAUAACUUGCUAGCUUCUAAGUUGCAGGAGGUGCUGAUUCGGAGUGUAGAGGGCGUGCUCUCAUGGCUGGGGAGCGAGGAGGAGCCGUGGCAGGGGCCCAGAGUGAGGUUGUACUUGGUGCUGGACGAUAACCAGGUGUUGCUCAACCCAGACCAGGAGGCGAUCAUAUCUGCCUUCACUGACCUGUUCAAAGAGUUGGAUGAGUGUGUGCAGCUGUACCGUGGCACCUGGGAGGAGCCACAGCCCCCUAAGGUACCCCGGUGGCGGCUGCGCAUGGCUGAGACCGAUGAGUCUCCUGGUGAUGGUGGCAAUCCCGUGCCACCCCUUAGGCCACUGGAGCCCCGGCGGGAGACCCUGGUGGUAAGCCUUUCCGAGCCGCAAUGGGCAGCCUUCCAUGACGCCCUCGCCUCCACCGUGAACCACCGCUUCUCUUCCGCCAGCACGUACCUGCACCAAAUCUCGGAGGAGUGGCGUCCAGUGCUUAGUGGAGGUGUACGGAGCGAAGUGGAAGAGUUUCUACGCCAGGAUGCUCAGCUGGAGGAGUAUGCUGGGAAGGCUCACUUCUCUCGCUAUGUGGAAAAUGCCAGCCACGUUCCCACCUCCACACUCCUCCAUGUGUUCAGGUUGGAGUACCAGUUCCUGCGGCAGAGUCUUCUAUCAGUAUCCUCUUCCUUUGUCUCUGUGUUGAGGGACCGCCUUGUGGCUGACCAUCGCAAGACUAUCCAGGGAUUGAACGAGCAAUUUGAAGCAAUCCACAAGCGCAUUCAGGGGACUCCAAAAUCUACGGAGCAACUGUUCAAACUGAUGGAGUAUGUGGAGGAGGUUCGCCGCAUCACCAUCCACCGCCUGGCUGAGGAGGUCGGGGACAUGGUGACCAAACUGAAGAUUAUCCUGGAUGUGGUGCACCUCACACCAGAUGACCUAACCACCACCGCAGCUGUCAUUGUGUGGCCGGCCAAGCUGAAGCCUGUGGUGGACCGCGCCGUGGAGUCCCUGGAAGACUUUAAGCAGGAGUUUGAAGAGCGUCUGGUGGAGCGAGCCGGGGAAGUGAGCCACACCCUGACUCGCAUCCAACAGCUAGUGACGGAGCUGGAGGAGCUGUCCCAGGUGGCUCAUGUCAACAAGUACAUCAGGGAGGUGAAAAAACUGGAGGGUCGUCUGGAGAAAGUGAGUGGCCUGGUGGAGUGGGUGAACCAGGAAGAAGCACUCUUUAAGUUCCAGGUGUCCUCCUUCCCUUUACUGACAGAGCUGAAGGAGUGCCUGGUGCCGUAUGAGGAACUGUUUACCCUGGUCAUGAAGUGGCGCAAGUAUGAGAAGUACUGGAUGGACGGGGACUUCACCACUCUGGACCCGGAGUUCAUCGACGUAGAGACAGAGGAACUCACAAGAGAAUUACUACGACUACGCAAAGCCUUCAAGACAAAGUUCAAGCAGCAGGCACUGGAGGGUGACCCGAGGAAGGCACGGAUGAACCUGGAGGACCCAAACCCUGCCAAUUUGCCAGGGCCACUGCAAGUGUGUGCCCUGGCCCUGAACCAGAUCAAGGCAUUCAAGCAACAUCUGCCCCUCGUCUCUGUCCUCUGCAACAAGGGACUGAGGCCACGUCACUGGCACAGCCUCAACAAAGCAGCUGGGUUUGAUAUCACCCCUAAUGCUGGCACCAGCUUGAGGAAGGUGGUGCAGAUGAAGCUUGGUGGGUUCCUGAAGGAGUUUGAGGUGGUGAGCAGCGGUGCAUCGAGGGAGUACAGCCUGGAGCGCUCCCUGGCUAACAUGAGGGAGGCCUGGAGCACCACCACCCUCACCACCGCACCUCACCCGGAGGUGGCAGUGGAGGUGGUGGUAGGGCUGGAGGAGGUGCGUGCCUUGGUGGAAGAUCAUCUCAUCACCACACACACCAUCAAGAACUCUCCCUUCGUCGCUCCUUUCAAACAGGAGGUGAAGGAGUGGGAGGCGACCCUGCGUACCGUCCAGUGUUCACUCUCUGUGUGGUUCAAGGUCCAGACACUGUGGGUGGACCUGACACCUCUCUUCUCCACUCCAGACCUUCCACUGCAGUUGCCUGAGGAACACAAGAUCUUCCUGGAGCUGGACCGCAGGUGGUGUGGCAUGGCAGCCAAGGCGGUGGGGGCCAAGCAGCUCCUGGACCUUGCUGGAGAUGAGAAGGAGCUGCAGGAGGUGUCGGGCUGCCUGCAACACCUGGCUGUCCUGCAGAAGGCCGUCCAUAUUUACCUGGACAACAAGAGGAGAGUGUUCCCAAGACUUUAUUUCCUCUCAAAUGAGGAGCUGACGGCACUGCUGUGUGAGAAGGAGCCAGCAGGGCUUGAGCAGCACCUGCGUAAGUGUUUUGAUGGGGUGUUCUCCCUCCACCUGGAUGCUGACAAUAAUGUGGAGGCUGUGGGCAGCUUGGAAGGGGAGGUGGUGCCCUUAGUGAACAAGCUGGCCACCACCCAUGCCUACAACAGCAUUGAGAACUGGCUACUACAGUUCCAGGAGGCCCUCACCUACACUCUCAAGAUCAUCAUGUCCGAGGGGGCUGAUGCUUGGGCCCGGCGUGGGGGAGGUGCUACUGGGGACCUGGAUGCUUUGCUGCCACCAUGGCCCCUACAGGUCAUCCUCACGCUGCGGCACAUCUUCUGGACGGCCGAGGUGCACCAGGCCAUCUGUGGUGGCACUGUGGCCCUGCAGGAGUGUUUGGCCAGGCUGCAGGGUGAGGUGGAAACAAGUGUCACUCUGGUACAGCAGACAUCACUUGGGGUUCUGUCACCUCCUACCAGUGGUCCGCUCUCCCCAGCACCCUCCUCCACCCCAAGUGCCUCCAGCGUCUCCCGCACGUCAGACCCAACCUCACCCCCACUGACAGCUGAACCAGACUCGCCUUCUAUCCAAGCUCUCGAGUCCUCCCCUCCUGCCCCUCCCCUUGCCUCCACCCCUGUACCCCCUGCCCCCACCCGUGCCUCUGCUGCUGCCCCCACUGCCACCCUGCAGAGUGCCCCGCACCGCCACGCCCUCUCCACCCUGAUCCUUGGGGCGGUCUAUGCGCGUGAUGUCGUGCAAGAGAUGGUGGAGCAAAGGGUGACCAGUGAGGAAUCCUUCACCUGGAUGGCUCAGCUCAGACUGUACCUGCGGGAGGCAGAGGUGGAGGCCCAGCUGCUGCACUGUGACCUGCCAUGGGGUUGGGAGUAUGUGGGUGCUAGGGGGCGGCUGGUGGUGACGCCCCUCACCAGUCGUGCCCACCACGCCCUGGCCAGUGCCUUCCAUGCACACCUUGGGGGAGCACCAGAGGGCCCAGCUGGCACUGGCAAGACUGAGACAGUCAAGGACCUGGCUCGUUCCCUGGCCAUCAAUUGUCUGGUGUUCAAUUGUUCAGAUGACUUGGAUUACAUCUCCAUGGGUCAGUUCUUCUCUGGGGUUGCUGCUUCUGGGAGCUGGGCAUGUUUUGAUGAAUUUAACAGACUGGAGGUUGGGGUGCUGAGUGUGGUGGCGCAGCAGAUCCUGACUUUGGUGACUGCCCGGCGGGAGGACCGAGACACCUUUGUGCUAGAGGGGGGCAAGCCUCUCUCGCUUGACCCUCGGGGCUUCCUGGCCGUCACUAUGAACCCGCAGUACCCCGGCCGUGUUCCACUCCCCGACAACCUCAAGUUGUUGCUGCGACCAGUGUCCAUGAUGGUGGCUGACUACCAGUCCAUCGCUGAGGUCUCCCUGCUGGCUGGUGGCUUCCUGCAUGCCCGCCCGCUGGCCACUCGCCUGGUGGGAGUGAUGGAGCAAGCCUGUCAGAUGCUGGAGCCACACAACCACUAUGACUUUGGCAUGCGUGCGGUGAAGACAGUGCUGCUGGUGGCUGAGAGGCUGCGCAUGACCUUCCCUGGGUGGUCUGAGACGGAAGUGGUGGUGAGGGCGCUGCGGCAGGUCAAUCAUCCCAAGCUGGUGGCGCAGGACACACACACAUUUGAGGAGAUCCUGUGUGACUUCUUCCUGGAGCUGCCACCCACACCCAGAGCUCCACUUGAUGCCCUUACUGCCUGCAUUGAGAAGGUAUGUGAGGCGGACGGGCUACACCUCAACUCAGAGUUCCUACACAAGAUGGUGCAGCUGUAUGAGACACUGAAGGAGCGGCACGGCGUCAUGGUGGUCGGGCCGCCUGCCUCCGCCAAGACCACCACAAUUAAGACGCUGGCCAAGGCUCUGAGUCUGUUUGACCCCAAGAAGCCCAUUGUUCUGGAAAUCAUCAACCCCAAGACAAUCACACCAGGGCAGCUGAUUGGCUCACUGGACCCUGCAUCUCGAGAGUGGUCAGAUGGCCUGCUGUCAUUGGCUCUUAGGCGAGGGAAGAGGGAGAGAUGCUGGCUAGUGCUGGAUGGUCCUGCUGAUGCAUCGUGGGUGGAAGACCUCAACACAGCCCUGGAUGACUCCCGUAAGCUGUGUUUACCAUCAGGGGAGACACUGCCGCUCCCCACACACAUGGCUGUCAUCUUUGAGGUGCUAGAUCUCUCUCAGGCCUCCCCUGCUAGUGUGUCACGCUGUGGUGUGGUAUAUGUGGGCAGUAGCACCCUCUCCUGGCCGGCCUUGCUGCAUGCCUGGCUACACACACAUUCCGAGGCUGCCUGGUGGAAGGAGUACUCACCUCUCAUUCAGGACCUUGCCACCUGGAUCCUGCCACCCAUCCUUUCCUUUGUCCUCCAGCAGUGCACUCACCUCCUGCCUGCCUCAGAGAUCUCCCUUGUGCGGUCACUGUUUCCCUUGAUGGACACCAUAGUGCAGGAUGCUCUGCAGGACGCCACAGUCUCCCAGAAGGACACUGCCAAGCUGGGGCCGACAUGGACUACAGCUGCCUUCCUCUCGGCCCUCACCUGGUCCCUGGGCGGGGGGCUUACAGUUGCCUCCAAGGAGACCUUCAGUGAAUUCUUCAGGAGGCUGGUGAUGGGUUACAACUCGGACUUCCCUGCCCCUGCCUCCAUUGGUCAGAUUGGCUGCCCCUACCCCGUGGAAGGCACCGUGUUUGACCUCAUGUUUGAUGCCAAGCAGAGGUCAUUCUGGCGACCCUGGACGGAGGUCAUCAAGCACGCCGAGUGUCCCGAGACCACUAACAUCUCCACUAUUCUUGUGCCCACGGUGGAGUCUGCCAGACUGGAGUACCUGCUGGACGUGUGUGGCCGGGCGGUGGGUGGAGUGCUGGUGGCUGGUGAGGGGGAGAGUGGGCGUAAGGUGACCACCCAGCACUACCUCCGAGGCCUCCCCACUGCCUUUGUUGACACUGUGACCUUUCCUGUGACUCCUGCUGCCACUGCCCUGCCUCUCAAGAGUCUGGUGCUGAAACGACUUGAGCAACGGGCAAAUGGCAGGUGGGGGGCAAAGGACGGCCGGCGCCUGGUGGUGCUGGUAGAGGACCUUCACUUGGCAGCCGAGGACCAGCACCACGCCCGGCCAUUGCAUGAGGCCGUGAGGGAGGCACUGCAGCAGACCACCUGGGUGGAGGAGGAAGGCACAGGGCGGAGGGUGCUGGAGGGUCUUACUUGGAUAGGUGGCGUCUCCCUGAAGCUUGGCAGUCAGCUGGAGCCACGGUGUCAGGCCUCACAUGUGGUGGUGGCCACUCACCCUCUCCCUCACACCACACUGAGCCGCAUCUUUACCACUCAGCUCAACAUCUUCCUCCGGAGUGGAGGAUUCGUGCCUGACAUGUUCACUGUGGUGGCUGGAAUAGUGGAAGGAACACUGGCUGUCCUCCGCCACACCCAAUCCACUACAGCAACCACCACCACCACCACCAGCCACCAGAUCUUCAACCUCGCCACAGCUGCCCGGGUGAUCCACUCUGUCAGUUUCCUGCGCAAAGAGGCAAUGGACACCAAAAGACACUUCGUCAGGCUGUGGGUGCAUGAGAUUUACCGUGAGUUCUGUGACCAGCUGAUGGAUGGGUCUGAGGUGCAGCCCAUCUUCACUAUCUUGGUCACCACUAUUCGCUCCAACUUCAGGGAUAAGAUCCACAUCAUCUUCGACAAACUAUGCAAUGAGGAUGGAUCGGUGACAGAAAGUUGCCUGGAGAGGGCAUGCUGGGGGGUGACGGGGGCAGGUGUGGACACUCCAGUGGCUGAGAGACGUUAUGAGGAGGUGACAGACUUGGGGCAGCUGCAGCACACCAUCACAGCAUACAUCCAAGACUACAACUCCUGCCAUUCAACACCUCUCAACCUUGUUACCUUCAAACACAUGGUGGCACAAGUAUCCCGCAUCUCUCGUGUGCUGAGUCGUGCUGGGGGUCACCUGCUGCUGGUGGGGGCUGGGGGCUCAGGUCGACGCUCCCUCACUCGCCUGGCAUCGCACAUCUGCGGCCACACCCUCCUGCUGCCUCGCAUUACCCCCGAUGACGAUUACAGAGAGGUGAAGGAGGCGGUAAAGGAGGCAGUCAUGAGGGCGGGUGUGGACGAGUUUGCUACGGUAGUGGUAGUCGGAGACGCGGCACUGCAUCACCCAGACGUCCUCCACCUCAUCAACACCCUCAUCCUCACUGGCAAUGCACCAAAUAUUCUCUCUCCUGAGGACAAGUGUUACUUGAAGGAGAGGCUGCGUCUGUACAUGGAGGGGCAAGAGAUGACAGACAGCGAGGUGUGGGAGGAGCAGGAGAGACGAGUGAAGGACCUGGUGCAUAUAGUGGUGACCUGCCUCCCCUCGCCUGGCCUGCACCACACUCUCACUCACUACCCAGCCUUCACCACUCGAGUCACCAUUAACUUCUUCAAGCGGUGGCCGGAGGAGGCGCUGGUGAGGGUUGGGGAGCACUAUCUGGAGGAGGUGCCUCUGCGUCGCUCCAUGCGGGACACUGUCAUCACUGCCGCCACACUCCUACACCAGCUGGCCAGAGAUGAGAGUGAGCGAGCGCAGGAGAAAGGUGGAUGGUGUCCUCCUGUCACACCAUCCUCCUACCUCCACCUUCUCCAGGAGUUCCGAGGGCUCUUCACCUCCCGCCAGGCCACCACCUCCGCCUACAGGAAGAAGUACCUCUCAGGUCUAGACAAGCUGGCCUUCGCUGCCUCUCAGAUCUCGGUGAUGCAGGAGAUGCUUGCCUCGCUGGGGCCACAGAUAGAGGAGGCAGCAGAGGGCGUGUCUAACAUGAUGGAACUCAUUGAACAGGAAUCUACUGAGGUGGAGGCACAGCGGAAACUGGUGUCGGUGGAGGAGGCAGAGGCGGAGAUUCAUACAGCUCGGGCACGUGCACUGCAAGAGGAGUGCCAGGUGGAGCUGAACAGGGCACUCCCAGCACUGCAUGAGGCAGUCGCAGCUCUCAACACCCUCAAGCCAGCUGACAUCACUGUGGUCAAGAGCAUGAAGAACCCACCCCAGGCCAUCAAAUUAGUCAUGGCUGCAGUGUGUGUCAUGCUGGAAAUACGUCCUGACAAGCUGAAAAACUCCACUGCCAAGGCUACUAUGGACUAUUGGGGUCCAAGCAAAAAACUCUUGGGAGACCUCAGUUUCCUGCAGCAGCUCAGGGACUAUGACAAGGACAACAUUCCUGACACUCUCAUGGAUAAGGUCAACAAGGAGUAUGUUCGCCUGCCUGAGUUUGACCCGGCCUCUGUGGCAAAGGCAUCCAGUGCUGCUGAGGGGCUGUGCAAGUGGGUGCGGGCCAUGUCCGUCUACCAUGCCAUUGCUAAGAUUGUGGCACCCAAGAGGGAGAGACUGGCAGAGGCUGAGGCAAAGGUGGCAGAGAUGGUGUCCCUGUUGGAGGCUAAGCGGGGGCAGCUGCGAGAGUUGGAGGAGAAGCUGGAGGUGCUGCAGAGACGGUUCUCCCUGUCAUGCCGGGAGAAGGAAAACCUGGAGGCAGAGCAGCGACUGUGUGGCCUCAAACUGCAGCGUGCUCGGAAACUGAUCAGUGGACUAGGAGGGGAGCAGACACGCUGGGAGGCUGCUGCAGAGACUGCCGGGGCUGACCUCCUUCGUCUGCCUGGGGACACUCUCUUGGCAGCUGCUUCCCUUGCCUACCCCCCACACCUUCCAGAAGUCAGGGAUGCAUUGCUGGAACGCUGGUGUGCGGGGGUGAGGGAGACGGGGCUGGAGGUGAGUGACGGGUUCAGUUUAGUGGGCACCCUCACCCCAGCCCUCCACACUCGUGCCUGGGGGCUUGAGGGGCUCCCCACAGACUCCUUCUCCCUCCAGAAUGCCACCAUCAUCAAGCACACCAACAAGUGGCCGUUGCUGGUGGACCCUGAUGAGGUGGGGUCUCGGUGGAUCCAGCAGCAUGAAGCACCACAUGGCCUGGAGGUGGUGUGGCAGCAAGACUUCAGCAAGCCUGCCGUGUCUGGCUCCACACGGGUGUCUGUCCUGGAGGAGACUGUGACCCGCUGUGUGACCAAGGGCCGUCCUCUCCUGCUGCUGGACCUCUGUGGUGACCCUCCACCCCUCCUUGCCAACGUACUUACCCGAACCAUUACUGAGGAAGGUGGUGUGAAGGUGGUGGUGGUUGGGUCACUCACACUUCAGUACAACACCAAUUUCCGUCUGUACCUCUCCACACGCCAUCCUCGGCCACCCAUCUCCUUGGAGGUUGCUGGGGCUCUCACAGUGGUCAACUUUACAGUGACAGUGCAUGGCCUUCAUGACCACCUCAGGCAGAUUCUUGUUAGCAAGGAGAGGCCAGAGCUGGAGGACGAGAGGCAGAAGUUGGUGGUGACAAUGUCAUCUUACCAGCGGGCACUGCAGGCCACCGAGGAACGCAUCCUGCACACCCUCUCCUCAGUGCAGGGCAACAUUCUGGAGUCUGAGGAGGCAAUACUCAUCCUGCAGCAGACAAAGCAAAUGGCCAAUGAGAUCAAGAGGAAGCAGGAGCAGUGUGCAGAGACAGAGGCAGCGCUGCUGGAGUGUUGCCGCCAGUAUGAGGCUGUGUCUCGCCCUGCUGCUGCCCUCUACAUGACUGUAGCCAGCCUCACCUCCCUCUCCCACAUGUACCAAUAUUCCCUCAGCUGGUACAUCACCCUCUACAUCUCCAUCAUUGACAACACAGGGAAGAGUUCAGUGCUGGAGCGGCGCCUGUCCCUGCUGCAUGAGGCCCUGGUGGGUGGGGUGCACCGGGCCGUGGUGAGAGGCCUGGCUACCUCUCACCACCUGCCCUUCACCCUCCUUGUGGCCAUGCACUCUCUCAGAGGUGAGGGAAAUGUGACUAGCCAGGAGGAGGCAGCGUUGUACCAUCUUGUAGCCCAGAGCACCAGCGGGCCCCCACCACCAUCCUGGCUUGCCCCACCCCUGCUGCCUGCCUGGCCAACCAUUCACUUCCUCUUCACUAUCCCUGCCUUCCAUGGGCUGGAGGAGAGUCUGAGGGAGCAUGGGGAGGCAUGGGUGAGGGUGGUGGAGUGCAUGGGCCUGCCUGAGCGAAGUGUACUGCCCCGACCUUGGCACUCCCUUCCUGCCCUGUCCUGGCUGCUGCUUAUCUCUGCCCUCAGGAAGGAUAAAGUGACGUGGGCUGUAAAGACCACUGUGGCAGAGGUGCUGGGGUCACAAUAUGUGGUGCCGCCACCACUGGCACUUGCAGAACACCUACAGUUGCCUGCCCCCUCCCGCACUCCAGCACCACCACCCACUCGCCACCCACCACCCCUCCUGCUGGUGACCUCGGCAGGCGUGGACCCUCUGGAGGAGGUGCGGAUAUUAGGUGUGCCCAUCAUCAGUGUCUCCCUUGGCCAGGGCCAGAGUCGUGUGGCUGAGGAGGCUGUUAGGGUCGCAGUGGAUGAAGGAGGCUGGGUGGUGCUCCAGAACCUUCACCAUGCACUCGAGUGGCUCCCAUCCCUCGCCAACACAAUAUCCCGCCUGUACAGCCCAUCCUCCACCUCCUCCACCUCCACGCCCACUGCUACUGCUGCCACACACACCCGUCAAGCUGUCUCCACCGCCACCACAGGCACAGCUCUCCACCCUUCGUUCAGACUCAUCCUCACUACUGAACCCACAGAGGAGUUCCCUGCCUCCCUGCUGAGGGUGGUGGAGAAGGUGUGGGUGGACAGCCCUGCCGACCCUUGCCGCCUCCACCAGAACUUUCAGACUCUGUUCCGCCAUGCAGCUCACAUCCACUUUACAGACGAGGAGGAGGUGGAGGAGGCUGCCACCUGGGGACUGCUACAUGGCCUGGCAGUCUUUCACACGGUGAUGAGUGAGCGUGGCCGCCACGGUCACCUGGCCUGGACCAAACCCCCAGCCUUCACUGCAGCAGACUUAGUCCUGACUGUCAACAUUGUAACAUCCAGCAUAGAGGAGGGGCAGGAGCUAGACCUGGAGACCCUGGAGUACCUGGUGGGCCGGGUGAUUUAUGGUGGGCGAGUGCUGAGAUCAGAGGACCAGCGGGUGAUCAGCAGCAUCCUGAGAGAGGUGCUGAGUCUAUCCCUGAAGCGUAAUGGUUUGGAGGAGCCGCCCCAGCCAGCUCCAGGGGAGGAGGUGGAGGGAGGUGGCUUGGCAGGACUGUUUCCUGAGGUCCUGGGCAAGCUGGAGGAUGUGCAGGACUUCCUUGUGGGAGUGACAGGGCUAGAGGAUCCUGAGAUCUUUGGGUUGCCGGCGGGGGUGCAGCGGCUGCAGGAGGAGGAGAGUGGCCAGGCCCUCCUGAUGGCCCUAGCCACAGCUGGGGGUGCCCAGGACCCUGCUGGCACUGUGGAGAGUGUGCUGGUGAAAGACUUGACCAAAGUGAAGAAGAUGCUGCCAGAGCUGGUGGUGGGGGCAGAGAAGCUCAGAGUGGAUGAGGAUAAGGACCUGGUGGCAGUGGUGAGGCGUGAGGUGGAGCACCACAACAGCACACUUGCCGCCAUUACCACCACACUGCAGGAUGCCUUGCUUGCAUUAGCUGCUGGUGGUGGGGACACCACUGGUGUGGCCUCUGCAGUCGGAGUUGGACACACUCCACUGUCCUGGCUCCAGCUGUACCGCACUCCUGCCCCACCACUUCUCAACCACUUCCUUCAGGAGCUGCAUGCCAGGACUGCUUUUCUCCAGAGCAUGGUGAAUGGUGGGCAGCAGACAUACUUCCCUUUGGCAGUCUUUCAGUUCCUGCCAGCCUUCCUCACUACAGCCUUGCGCCGUGCUGCCCGUCAGGCCCACCAGCCCCUACACAGCCUCACCUGGGAGUUCCACCUCACACACCAGCCCUCACCACCUUUACCUCACCUGCCUGUCAUCCUCUCACCUGACGCACACAGUGAUUCUGCCUCUGACCAAGUAUCAGAGUCUGCAUCUUGCCCUCCUACUGACACUGCUAACCCUUCCGACACACCUGAGCAGCAGAGUGAUGCACCUGCUGAUGCUGCACCAGAUAUGCCAGACAAUGGAAAUAAUGCCUCACAGGAAACACCUUCUGAGGCUCCUGUGAAUGAGGUUGACGAGGAAGAGGAGCUGAGUCAAGCCAGUGGUGCCAAGGUGGAGAAAGAAGAAGAGGAGGAGGAGGAGGUGGUGUGGAGCUGCUGGGGCCAGGAUGGGAGCAUUACUCUGCUGGCAUCAGGGCUGUGGUUGGUGGGGGCCUCCUGGAAUGCUGAAAGGUAUGAGCUAGAGGAGGCUUCACUGCAGGGCCUGGUGGAACAGCUGCCCCUGCUGAGCAUGGCCCCUAUAGUGGUCUCCAGCAGUACUCUGCCCCUGGCUCACAUCCCUGAAGUGGCCCUCUCAGAGUGCUACCCUCCAGCCCCAGCCUCUCUCAGUAACGGGUCAAGCAGCCUCCCCAGGUCACUGGCCGAGAGUGGCUGUCCCUCCCUAGAUACCCUGCUGGAGGACCCUGAUGCUGCAGACCCCAGUGACCCUGAGGCUGAAACUGGCCAGUUCCUGUGUCCGGUGUACCAGGGUGGCCCCAGCAGCACCCCAGGGCCCCCGGUGCUCACGGUGCCCCUGCCAGCUGGGCCAUACGGGGCUGACUAUUGGAUACAGAGGAGGGUGGCAAUAUAUCUGAGCCAGCACUGAGUCACCAUACAGCAGGUCUUCCUCAUUCUUUUGAGAAGGGAUCCUAUUGAGGACUUUCAUUAUUUCAUUACUUUAUUUGCCUUAUAAACUAGUCGUUGAUUGAUCUCAGUUGAUCUGUUCCUUCAUCUGAAAGUGCUUCAUUCAACAUUACUUUGACUGAUAUUGUUGGAUUGUAGUACAGGCAACCCCCGCUUAAUGAAGGUUCACACUACAAAAUUUCGCUACAACGAAUGUUUCCUUUUACUACCAUCUGCUUGUUUAACGAACACCAAACUCAUUUUAACAAAAUUUUA